AUGGCCCCUGUGAUUAACGGGCUCGACGAGGACCCGUCGGCCCGUAUCCACCGCGACUUUUUGGCGGGAAUGCUCGAGCAAGAUUUUGCGAACAGAAGAUUGGCAACUAUCAUGCUAGUGCCGCUGGUCGGAUGCGCUAGUCAUCGACUAAAUCGGGCCGUUCAGCAGCACAUGACACAGAACGAGAACGAUUUUGCUGCUGUGCAAGGCCUGAUGACCAAGCUGCGGACGAUUAAACAUCCCAAAGCUUCGUUUGCUCUACUGGAGUUCCUGGACCAAGACGACGAAGAGCUUAUGUACUUGCUGCCGUGUCCGGCAUACAACCGCCAGCUCAAGAAACUCUACGCAGAUUUCAAGGACUUUGAGUCAGUUUUGAAGGCCUUACAAGGAGAGAACGUGAGCCUGCUGGACGUGAGGGUCUGGUUCGACGGGCUUAUUGAAGCCCAGCCUGCGUUCGCUGCUUAUAUCGCUCCUCGAGCAAACAUCGUUCACACCCCAGACUUUGAGUUGGGGUGCGUCCGUGUGCUCAAAGGAACUGGAGCCCGCCUCACCGCGUCGGAGAAACGAGCUCUUCGUCCUUUUCUCCAAGUGGACCGUGCCCCGGUCAACCAUGGUGAAGAAGCCGAGACGGACUCGCUUGUGCAGCGGCUCGAGAAGCGGCGCCGUCUUGAAGCAUGAGAAGCUCGGUACUGCCUCGUAGGCAGCAUCCCUGCCACCUCGAACAAGGUGGAGGGCUUCUUCAGUGUUGCGCGUGCAACUCUUGGAUACGAGCGUAAUGGCCUACAGCCCAUUCCGCUCGAAAUGGUCCUUUUCCUGCGUGAAAAUUCCCGCUAAUGGGAUAUUUCUACUGUAGAUCAACUCCUCUAGCUCAUAACUUGCUAAUCAAUACAAGUACGAGAUGAUCACCAUUA